CGCUGUGCUGCUAGGGAUCGCAGCAGGCAGGGGGGAGGUGCGAGAGGGUUCGAAGGGACAGGCCCGGGCAGCGAUCGGGGGUUGGCACCAGUUCGCUUACCUUUCGAGAGGCAGGGCGCGCUUGUCCACAGUCCUCGCUGACCGCACUAGCUGCGGCUUCUGUUCUCCUUUACCCGAAGCCCAGUAGCCAGAGCCCUGGCGUCUGACCCCGCCAUGCCUAGCCUUUGGGAUCGUUUCUCGUCUUCCUCUUCGUCCUCGUCCCGAACUCCAGCCACUGAUCGGUCGCCGCGCUCCGCCUGGGGAUCUGCGGCCAGAGAAGAGGGCCUUGACCGCUGCGCGAGCCUGGAGAGCUCGGACUGCGAGUCCCUGGACAGCAGCAAUAGUGGCUUCGGACCGGAGGAAGACUCCUCAUACCUGGAUGGGGUAUCCCUGCCCGACUUUGAGCUGCUCAAUGACCCGGAGGAUGAGCACCUGUGUGCCAACCUGAUGCAGCUGCUGCAGGAGAGCCUGUCCCAGGCGCGAUUGGGCUCGCGGCGCCCUGCCCGCCUGCUGAUGCCGAGCCAGCUGGUGAGCCAGGUGGGCAAGGAACUCCUGCGCCUGGCUUACAGCGAGCCGUGCGGCCUGCGGGGGGCACUGCUGGACGUCUGUGUGGAGCAAGGCAAGAGCUGCCACAGCGUGGCUCAGCUGGCUCUCGACCCCAGUCUAGUGCCCACCUUUCAGUUGACCCUGGUGCUGCGUCUGGACUCUCGCCUCUGGCCCAAGAUCCAGGGGCUGUUGAGUUCUGCCAACUCGUCCUUGGUCCCUGGCUACAGCCAGUCCCUGACGCUGAGCACCGGCUUCCGAGUCAUCAAGAAGAAACUGUACAGCUCGGAGCAGCUGCUCAUCGAAGAGUGCUGAACUUCCGUCCUGGAGUGGGGGUGGGGAGCGCACUGCCCCCAAAGUGGAGACUAGGAACCAGCAGGCAAGGACUGA